AUGUCUCACUACAAAUGUGCUGUAGACCACAAGAAUAUGGCCACAGAAUUGCCUUUGCUGCGAGUGUGUGGAAGUGCUUCGGAAAAUCCACAUAUGCGGGCAUUCUGGGCAAGCACGAUUUCUUUCUUUCUGGCCUUCUUCGGCUGGUUUGCCCUCACUCCCGUCGUGCUGGAGGUUGCAACAAGCAUAGGGAUCUGUGAAAACCAACUGUUUCCACCAGAGAAGUUUCCAAACAGACCCGCCUAUCUGUCCUACAAGGACUUGAACAGUGGCCUGACCUAUUGCUCUCAUGGCGUGCGCAUGAAGGGCGGACAGGCCGUGGACUGCGAGGUGCCGACCAAACUUGACGACCCAUCGGACCUGUCGGAGCUUAAUGUCGAUCUGUACAGGCCCGAAGCGCUGGCAGAGUGUGUGUGCACUCCUGGAACGACCUGCCGGAGUGUGAUCUCAAAGGCGAACAUCGCCUCGGUGGCAGGAACCAUCCUUCUUCGUAUAGCACUGGGAACGCUCUUGGAGCGAUUCGGGCCAGUGAAUGUACAGUGCAGUUUGAUGGUUUUUGGUGCUUUUUGGGUUGCCAUGUCUGCAGCCAUUAAUUCAUCCUGGACCUACAUCUUCUUCCGCUUUUGUAUCGGCUUAGUGGGUGCUGCGUUUGUCACGAAUCAAUUCUGGUGCUCCCUGAUGUUUGCGCCGAAUGUCAUAGGAACUGCCAAUGCCACCGCUGCAGGGUGGGGCAACACAGGUGGAGGGGCGACACAAAUCUUCAUGAUCUCAGUGCUCUUCAAACCCAUGGUGGACGCGGGCUUGACAGAAGAUGCAGCUUGGCGCGCAUCAAUGGCAUUUCCUGCCAUGAUGAUGAUUUCCUGUGCCAUCAUGAUGAAGUGUCUCUGCUGGAAUAUGCCAACUGGGAAGCACUAUGAUCCUCGCAUCACUGGAAAAACCCAGAGUCCUUCCAUGUGGGAUUAUUGGGAAGUCCUAAAGGACUUUCGCGUGGUGGUGAUGAUUUUCCAGUACUCUGCCUGUUUUGGGUGCGAGUUGGCAAUGAAUAAUCAACUUGCAACUCACUUCAGGACUUACUUCCAACUGGCUGCAUCUGAUGCGUCUUAUUUGGCCGGUUCAUUUGGGAUGAUGAACCUCUUUGCCCGAUCCACGGGGGGAAUUCUCAGCGACCUCAGUUACAAAUAUUUUGGAUUUCCAGGACGAAUCUGGGCACAAUUCCUUUGUUUGACCAUGGAAUCCGUUUUCCUCUUUGCCUUUGGCAAUAUAGACAACUCAAAGCCUUGGUAUUUGGCCUUGGCCCUGCUGGUGGGCUUUUCCCUCUUCGUUCAAAUGGCAGAAGGCACUAGCUAUGGCAUGGUGCCAUUCAUGAAUCGUGAGCAGCUGGCAGUUGUCUCUGCUCUAGUUGGAGCGGGUGGAAAUGUGGGUGCGGUGAUUACUGGCUACUUCUUCUACGAUCUCAUUGAGGAUGAGCUUCUCCCGUUCCGUGUCCACGCUGGCUACGUCUUGUUUUGGGCCCUGCUGAGUCCAUGCUACUAUUGGCCGGACAAGGGAGGCAUGUUUCGUGGACCAGUGGAGCAAUCUCCACAGAAAAGCCCAGAAUCAGCGGAAUCAGUUGCAUCAUCAGCAACUGAAUAG